AUGGAGGUUCGAGAAGCUGUUAUGGGUGGUCCAGGAGGUUACGACCUAAAAGCCGCCUUGGAUGGAGUGGUUGAUCUGAGAGACACGGAAGACGCGGAUAAAGAAACCCGAUGGGCUCAGGCUGUUACCCAUGAGGUUGUGAAGCCGCAUGAGCACGAGAUCGUCGAAGAACGCAUCUACCGCGAGAUCCACAAUCACGAAGUCUACCACUACAUCCAACCUGUCUAUGAAACUGAGAUCCUCCCUGCUCGUCAUUGGGUGUACAAUGCGAAAAAUGAAAUGGUGGAAGUGUCGGCGGAUGAGCUCCCGGAGUGCACUGGGGCGAAGCAGCGAUGGGCUAUCGUCCGAGGUGACAAAGAAAAGUCUACAUCGCACAUCGUCCGAAGCGCACCGCAGGCUCGAGAGCCAAGAACCCUUUCCGACAAGACAUAUAUCACCCCAGAAGGGUUCGAACGGAGAGAGACCACGAUCUUGCACCCGCCUGAGCUUGAGGAUCUGUCGGAUUACAGCGGUCCGGUCGUUCCCAUAGAGUUCCUGCAUCACCCCGAGCACUAUCCAGGGCGGGAAUUGAAGGCAAAGACGAGGCUUGAUCAUCUUCCCGAGGAUCGGAAGUUCACAAUGGAAGAACUGUCUGACGCUCUUCCCGUGGCUCGUACCGGAAGCUCCUCUUCUUCGUCGGGGCAGGCUACAGGUAGCUCUACCUCGUCACCUGCGUCGAAACGGCUGUCGAUUCCGCGCAAACCGGUUCCCGCAGUCUCUUCUUACUGA